CUGGUGGGCGGUUUUCCCAGAGCAGGGAGCAAAGCAGGACUGAGCUGGCGCCAGCUUCCUCGGAUGUAGACACUGCUGACUGGCUGGCCAGCCUGAGCCAGCUAGCUUGAGCCCAGGGCCUCCUCAGGCACUGUGUUUCUGCUCUCCGGCAUGUCACAAAGGGAGGCCAGAGGGCCACCAGCCAUGCCAGGGGUGGGGGAUAGCCAGACUCAGGUCAAAGCACGGUUGCUACCAGGCACUGACAGGAAGAGGAGCCGCCACAGCAGGACAAGGCAGGACCCAUGGGAAGAAAGAAGCUGGAGCAACCAGAAGUGGAGCAGAGCUGGUCCUGGCCCUCGAGGGGCCCGGUCUGGGAGCCUGGCUCUUGGCAGGAGUGAGGCCAGUCCUGAGAACGCCGCGCGGGAGCGGAGCCGGGUCAGGACACUGCGCCAGGCCUUCUCGGCCUUGCAGGCUGCUCUGCCUGCUGUGCCACCCGACACCAAGCUCUCCAAGUUGGACGUGCUGGUGCUCGCCACCAGCUACAUAGCCCACCUCACCCGCACGCUCGGCCACGAGUUGCCUGGCCCCGCCUGGCCACCCUUCCUGCGUGGACUCCGCUACUUGCACCCUCUCAAGAAGUGGCCGAUGCGAUCUCGUCUCUAUGCUGGAGGCCUGGGGUACUCUGAUCUUGACUCCACCACAGCCAGCACCCCUACCCAAAGAACAAGAGAUGCAGAGGUGGGGUCCCAAGUCGCUGGAGAGGCAGGUGCUCUCCUUCCCACCACAGCACUCUCACCAGCUCUUGUUGACAAAUAAUUAUCACACUCACCCUUUUCUCCUAAACUGUGACUCACUCAUGCUUAGGGAUCUGGAUUUUCUGCCAGCCCCCACCUGUCUUCACUCUAAUUCUCGGCCAUCAAAUUUGAUUCAGACUCAGCUCCCAAGGUGCAGCAUGCAGAUCAAGAGAAGCAGUGGCACUUCUGUGACAGUACCCAGAGGACAGAGGAUGGAGAGCUUCCUCCUUGGUCCCCAGGAGGGGACUUCCCCAUGGCUCUUCUGUGACAGCUACUGGGAAGUGGGAGAGAAAGAGGUAUAAUUGGACUCAAAGUCGAGUUAGGGAACCAUCCUAGCUUUCCUCCUCUAAGGUUUCUGCAAACCCUCUGCAGAUAGCGAAAAGGCAGGUGCAGAGGGAGGGGCCUGGGAUUGUACCAGCCCCAGGUGCUGAUGGGAAAGCCAGGUGGCUGGAUAGGCUUUUGGUAGCUGCAAGUGUAAACAGAUCUGGGCUGGGUCACACAGCCAGAGGGGAAACUGAAGAAGGGUACUUUCUUUUUUUUUUAGAGGCAGGGUUUCACCAUGUCGGCCAGGAUGGUCUUUAUCUCUUGACCUCAGGAUCUACCCGCCUCAGCCUCCCAAAGUGCUGGGAUUAUAGGCAUGAGCCACAGCACCCAGCCGGGAAUGUGCUUUCUAACUGCAUCACGAGGUGCUUACCGGAUGUUAGAGAGGUAGUGAGAAAUUCAGGAUUCCUGCCUCUGUAGUAUGGGCCUCUCCAGCAGCUGCCCCUCACCAUUACAUUUUCUCUCUCUUGGCUCCUGCUGCACUCUUCCACUCUUUUCUUUUCCUCUUGUUCUUCUUCCUCUUUUUUUUUUUUUUCGUAGAGAUGGGGUCUUGAUAUGUUACCCAGGCUGGCCUUGAAGCCCUGGCCUCAAAUGAUCCUCCCACCCCAGCCUCCUAAAGUGCUGGGAUUACAGGUGUAAGCCACCACACCCAGCGCCACUCUUGACUUGAGUUUUAUCUACAGGUUAAGCCAUAAAUCUUAAAUUGUUUAAAUUCUAGUUUCCAGAGAAACUUAGAUUGUCCCAGCUUUCUAGUUUGAGAUCUUAUCCUGCAGCAAUUCUACCUUGAUUGAACCAAGCAGCAAUUUCUGGCCUUGCAUAUGAAGGAUAUUGAGACUUAAUUACAUCCUUGAAGACUCUUACAAGAAGAACAGGUGUAUGUUCCAUGGGGUAAUCAUUACAGUCUUCUCUUUCCAUUAUGUUAGGAACCUGACCUCAAGCAAAAACAAAAUAGGCCUGCCUUCAACUCAACUGGCUCCUUGUAGAAUUUGUGCUCGAGGCUUCCCUGGCUCUGGAGCUAUGUCUACAGAUUAUCUACAAAUUAGCUCCCUAGGGCCAGCUCCUCCCAUGGAGAUUGUCCUUGUUCAGGCUUUCUCUAAAUGCUGCCCUGCGGUGCAAGAAAUGUGAUUCAGCUUCAGUGAAACUCAUCUCUGGCCCUAAAGAAAUAAUUUGAGGCCUGGUGUGGUGGCUCAUGCCUGUAAUCCCAACACUCUGGGAGGCCGAGGCGGGCGGAUCAUGAGGUCAAGAGAUUGAGACCAUCUCGGCCAACAUGGUGAAAACCCAUCUCUACUAAAAUACAAAAAUUAGCUGGGCAUGAUGGCAUAUGCCUGUAGACCCAGCUACUUGGGAGGCUGAGGCAGGAGAAUUUCUUGAACCCAGGAGGCGGAGGUUGUAGUGAGCCAAGAUCGAGCCACUGCACUCCAGCCUGGCACCUGGCGACAGAGUGAGACUCUGUCUCAAAACAAAAAAAAAGAAAGGAAGAAAGAAUUUGAGGACUAAUAGAAUCUACACACACUGAAAAUAACUCCAGAUCAGAUGUAGCUUCAAACCUGGCACCUAAAGUCCAGACAGGGACCAAUUACCUUUCUGUUAAAUUUCAGCCCCUCAGAGUGGAAGGGGACGAGCAUGGCCAACUAGAGUUCCAACAAGGUUGUCCUUAGACACAUGCCAUUGUUGUCAUCAUGAAUGUAGCGAGCUCUGGGCAGUCUGGGAAUGGUUGGGGUCUGGGUUCUAACACAGCAGGACCCUGUACCUCCAUAGGGCUGGCCAGGCAGCGCUGAAAUAGGGCUGGGGGUGCUACUGAACCAAUUGGGGUAGAGGUAGAAAAAGAGACACAGAAUGUCCCAGCCCCGAGCUGCAUAGGAUGUGGGAGAACAGCUGGAAUGUGGCCGGGAGCCAUGGGGAGAAGGCCUCAGCCAAGGCUGAACUCGUAAAUCUGCCUGGAACCAAGCCUCUGCAGAGGGACCCUGAGGCUCUUGUGCAGAGCUGAUGUGGGCAGCUGGACGGGUCCAGGCAGGGGCAGAGGCCAGGUGUGGGAGGGCAUGAGCAUAGUGUUCUUCACAAGACCAUAAAAGUCCAGCUAGAAUAUACUAUUUUUAAAGCCAAACAGCAGUAUCUUCCUGGUUGAGUUCACGGGUGUAGUGGGAAGGGAAGCAGAUACAUUUCCUCUGCAUUUGGUGGCACACACUGUUUUUCUAGGGAUGAAGGGAAAUUGGCUUAAGGUGUGUGUCGGGGUCACCGGACAGCAUGGAGCUCCUGACAACAGGGUAGGCUUUGGUUUGCAGCUUGCCCCACCCUGCCCUGCUCAGACUCAGGCCUUUGCCUAGUGACAUCAGAGCCUUCAGGGGUGAUCACAUGGCCCUGGUGAAGACAGGGAGGACACAGGAAGGAGGAUGGAGGUGGAGGGCUGCAGGAGGCAGGGCCCAUCACUGCAAGUUUCUCAGACAAAGCUGUUCUCCUUCCUGCCCAGGACAGUCCGAAGGCCAUCUCCUCCAGGUUCAGAGACCAAGCUCUCUCAGGCCAACAAGCAAAGGGGCCUGUCCGGGCAGGGUGAGCCAAGGGAAGCCCCAGGGGAUGCAUAGGAAUAACCAGCGGAGGGACUGGGCCCUCCCUCCCUAGCAAGCACAGUGAUGCCCUUGAGACAUGUCAGAACUUGGAUACAUGAAUGCACCAGAACCAGGAGUAGACCCCUUUGUCUCUGCAGUGAGGAAAAAACAAAACAAACAACAAAAAAAUCAUGGCCAGGUACUGUGGCUCACACCUGUAAUCCCAGCACUUUGGGAGUCUGAGGUGGCAGAUCAUCUGAGGUCAGGAGUUCAAGACCAGCCUGGCAAACAUGGUGAAACCCUGUGCCUACUAAAAAUACAAAAAUUAUCCAGACAUGGUGGUAGGCACCUGUAAUCCUAGCUACUUGGGAGGCUGAGGUAGGAGAAUUGCUUGAACUCAGGAGAUGGAGGUUGCGGUGAGCCGAGAUGGCACCACUGCACUCCAGCCUGGGCAAUAGAGCAAGACUCCAUUUCAGGAAAAAAAAAGAAAGAAAAACACAUGCUCACUGGGAGGCCUUCACUGCCAGCACAGUUGGGGAGCAUGGGGCAGACAGGAGCAGUUGUAGGCUACUGAGAUUUGGUUCCAACAACAGCUUUUAUUCUCUAGGAACAAGGUAUGUGGGAAAGAAGCUCUAAGAGAGAACAGGAAGCUAGAUGCUCAAGUCUGUCAUUUCAGCAUUUUGGAAGGCCAAGCAGAUCUCUCGAGCCCAGGAGCUUGAGACCAGCCUGGGCACAAUAGUAAGAUCUUGUCAAAAAAAAAAAAGAAAGAAAGACAAGACAGACAGAAGGAAAGAAAGACAGAAAGACAAGACAGACAGACAGAAGGAAAGAAAGAAAAAAGAAAGAAAAGAAAGAAAAAGAAAGAAAGAAAGAAAGAAAGGUAAGAUUAGCCAGGUAUAAUAGCACUCCCCUGUAGUCUGAAAUACUCAGGAAGCUGAGGUGGGGGGAUCACUUGAGCCGAGGAGGUUGAGACUACAGUGAGCUGUGAUUGUGCCACUGUAUACCAGCCUGGGCAACACAGUGAGAAAGAAAAGAAAAGAAAACAAAAGAAAGAAGAAAGAAAGAAAGAAAGAAAGAAAGAAAGAAAG